AUGGGUGAUGAGUCACUAGAAGAGCAGUUUAAAAAGCUGAAAUUCUUGGUGGAGCUAAGUGCACACAAGAAUCAGAACAACAAUUUGAGCUUUGAUACAUUAGUACAAAUGGACGAAUCAGACGGCAUUUCGCCAUCAGAGCCAAUUUCAGACACAGUUGAGAAACAGCUUGAGGUGGAGGAUUCAGUUCAGAAAAUAUACGAUGAUGUGCUUUCGAAAGGCUCGGAACAUUUCCCGGCUUUAAAUAGGAAGGGUCAUCUGAUAUACACGAAUAUUUUUCUCCACAAGCCACUUCCGUCUCAGAUGACAGUGUUGGACGCAUCACAUUGUUGGAUACUAUACUGGUUAAUAAAUGCAACUUCAUUGCUAGGUGGGGUUCAAUCAAUCAAGAGUGACGUUUGCCAAAACUGUAUUAAGAUGGCUAUGUCGUAUUUAUAUGAGGAUGAUGAGGAUGAGGGCUUCGGAGGGGGAUAUAUGCAGACUCCCCAUUUGGCUGAUACUUAUGCCAUGUUAUGUACACUAGCAAUAGUGGGUGAUGAGGAAUGCUGGUCGCAAAUAGACAGAAAGAAGGUUUAUCAUUUGUUACUGAGCCUCAAAAACAAAGAUGGCUCAUUUGCCAUAGCGAAGGACUCGGAGACAGACACAAGAUCGGUUUACUGUGCUCUUUGCACGGCUUGCAUGCUAAAUAUUCUAGACGAUGAGCUUAAAAAAGGUGUCGAGGACUGGAUUGUGAGCUGUCAGACAUAUGAAGGUGGAUUUGCAGGGAAUCCUGGGGAUGAGGCUCAUAGUGGCUACACUUUCUGUGCAAUUGCCUCACUCUGCAUUUUGAAAUCUCCUGCGAGAAUAGCAGAACUUAUAAACGUGGAUUCUCUUCUGAGAUGGCUCUGCCAUAGACAAUAUGCAAUUGAAGGUGGAUUAAGCGGCCGAACCAAUAAAUUGGUGGACGGAUGUUACAGCCACUGGGGUGGGGGAACAGCGGCUCUUUUGGAGUGUAUAUCUGGAAACCGGAACGUGAUAAAUCGCACAGCCCUGCAAAAUUACAUCCUCUGUUGCUGUCAGGCGGAGCCAUUUGGAUUAGUGGAUAAACCAGGCAAGUACCCGGACUUUUACCAUACUAAUUACGUACUAUGCGGUCUUAGUGCAUGUCAGCACUACCAAAUAUACGAUGAGAAGUUGGCGAUUAAAGAGGGAGCUGCGUUCGGAUAUCGGCCGAUAACAAUUCCGGAUGAGAAAGUGAUCACCAUCGAUGAGAAAAACUUGGUUGAGGCUUUGGAUCCAGUAUUUGUUGCUCCUUCUGGUUCAGUACUAAAGAUGCGAAACUACUACAGAGAAUUGAAGCAGGGUUAG